UGAAUACUGUCCUCUGUGGCUAUAGAGGAAAACUGCUGAAUCAAUAGCCCAGUGCAUGACAGAUAGAUAGUCACCAGUUAAACUCAUAUGAUUUAGCUAGUAAUACGAAUCUAACAGCCCGGUCCGGAGAAACCGAUACCAAGUUAGGUCUCAGCUUUUAUUCUGACAGUGCAACUGCUCCGGUACGCGCUUUGUUUGGAGCUUUGCCUUUGGACCGACAAAAGGCAAUGCAUGGAUUGUGUGACAGAUGGGCUUUUGUGUGAAAUCUACGACUCACCACCAACAUGACCUCCAGCGUCACACGUAGAGUAGUGCGUACGGGUGGGAGUUGUCUGGUGAAACGCAUUGUUGUGUUGGGGGAUGAGCCGUCCGUGCUGCUGCUGCUGUUACUGCUAUUUUCUCCUGGUCGACUGUGGCUAGCGAGUGACUGUAGCCUAUGAAUGGUCCACAAAGCAAACAAUUGUGUGUUCUCUGUAGAAUUGAAUAUCGAAACUUCACAGGCACCAAGCAUGCCUCUUUCUUAUUUUAUUAGUAGCUGAAAAGACCCCAGUAUCGCCCGUUGGAUGAGAACACUGUGUGCGGAAUUAGAGCCACUUAGCAGGCCGUAUCGCCAUUGCUUUGUAAGGCUGCUGGCUAGCUACCGUCUUCCUCAACUAGCAAAACUGUUCGUGAAUCCGAGCAACACGGAGUGUCAAGAUGAAGAAGAAAGCUCGGCAGCACCGGGUUGCGGUGCCGCAGAGGCCGCCAUCUCCCAUCAAGCCUUCCCCCAACAAGCAGAUCCUGACUUACGCCCAGGCGCAGCGCAUGGUGGAGUUCGAUGUCGAUGGCCGCCUCCAUCGAAUCAGCGUAUACGACCAGCUGGACGUGAUCUCGGAUGAUGACCCCAUGGUGCAGGAGAUGAUGGAGUGCACCAGCAAUAAGGAGAAUGCAGAGAAACCGCAGCAGGUCCCCCUGAGGUCAGUCAGACUAAAAAACAACCUGGAGAAGAGAAACGCUGCAUUGGGCAUCACUGGCCAUGGAGAGGGAGGUGGACAUCCGGCCGCUUGUAAUGCCGGUCCAAAGCUUCAGGAGCCUAAAUUUCGUACAGUGGAGUAUAAUCUUCCAGCAGUUCCUAAGCGCUCAGCUGCCUUUUACAAAUACACUGAGAAGACAGAGGAAGAGCUGGAUGAGGAAACCGAGUAUGACAUGGAUGAGGAAGAUUAUGCCUGGCUGGAUUUGGUGAAUGAAAAGCGGAGAAGCGAAGGGGUCAGUCAGGUCUCUUACAACGUCUUUGAGUUCCUCGUCGACCGCUUUGAGAAAGAGUUGCACUUGGAGAGUCUGGAUCAAGGCAGUGAAAAGCACGCUCCCAUCGAUGAGGACGCCGCCUGCUGCAUCUGCAUGGAUGGAGAGUGUCACAACAGCAACGCUAUCCUGUUUUGUGACAUGUGCAACGUGGCUGUGCACCAGGAAUGUUACGGUGUACCUUACAUUCCUGAGGGCCAGUGGCUCUGCAGACACUGCCUGCAGUUACCUACCCAGCCCGCAGCCUGCAUCCUUUGCCCCAACAAGGGUGGAGCUGUGAAAAAGACAGACGAUGACCGCUGGGGCCACGUGGUGUGCGCCCUCUGGGUCCCGGAGGUCGGCUUCUCCAACACCACCUUCAUCGAACCCAUUGAUGGCGUCAGCCACAUUCCUUCAGCCCGCUGGAAGCUCACCUGCUACCUCUGCAAGGAGAAAGGUGUUGGGGCGUGCAUCCAGUGCCACAAAGCCAACUGUUACACCGCCUUCCAUGUCAGUUGUGCCCAAAAGGCGGGCCUCUUUAUGAAGAUGGAGCCAAUCAAAGAGGUAACGGACACCGGAGAGCCCACAUUCUCGGUGAAAAAGACAGCCUACUGUGGAGCUCAUACACCCAACGGGUGUGUAAGGAGGCCUCUUACAAUAUAUGAUGAUGCCAAACCCAAAAAUGGACUAUGUAAGAAAGUGGACAAAAGGAGAGGCGUUGGUAAAAGACAGUCAAAAGGAAAGAAGAAGAAGAAGAGUAAGAGUAAGAAACCUGAACCUGAAAGUGAAGCUGCCACCCCUGCUACUGUGCCUACGUUUCCUGCUCACAGGUUACAAACCAUUCUGAACCAGGUGUCCGUUCAGAAGAAGAAAGCGUUUGUGGAGCUGGUCCUGAAUUAUUGGACACUAAAAAGGCAAUCGAGGAAUGGGCUUCCCCUCAUCAGACGCCUUCAGACAAGCAUGCAGUCUCAGAAGAAUGCGCAACCGGUUUGUUCAUCUAGGCAGAGUGAGGAGGAGAGCAGGGUACUGAAGGACCAGUUGAAGGAGUGGCAUCGUCUCCGACAUGACUUGGAGAGAGCCCGGCUGCUGCUUGAGCUAAUCCGCAAGAGGGAGAAGCUCAAGAGGGAAGAGAUUAAACUGCAGGAGGCCCUUCUAGAGAUACAGUUGAGUCCAUUCAGUAUUUUGCUCAGAGCCCUCUUGGACCAGCUCCAGACAAAAGACCAGGCCAAGAUCUUCACCCAGCCAGUUGAUGUCAACGAGGUGCCCGACUACCUCGACCAUAUUAAGCACCCAAUGGACUUCUCCACCAUGCGGCAGCGCAUCGAUGCACAGGCCUACAACAACUUUGAGCAGUUUGAGAACGACUUCAACCUCAUUAUUGAUAAUUGCAUGAAAUAUAACUCAAAGGACACCUAUUUCUACCGGACUGCCGUUCGCCUCCGAGACCAGGGCGGGUCCCUGCUCAGAAAGGCUCGGCGAGAUGUGGAGAAAAUCGGCUUUGACACGGAAAGCGGCAUGCAUCUGGCUGAAGCGCCUGAAAUCAAAGCACCGACAUCCUUUUCUUGGGAGGACGUGGACCGCCUACUAGCGCCAGCCAAUCGGGAGCACCUGUCUCCGGACAAGCAGCUGCAGCAGCUACUGGAGAAGUUUGACCUGACCUGUGCCAUGAAGUCCAGCCCCUCCCGCAGCAAGCGCCUAAAGCUGCUCAAAAAGACCAUCAACGAUGUGCGCAAUGAAAUGAGCCUAAAGAAAGUCCUUCCCUCCCACCACCACCCUCACCCCCACCACCACCACUCGUCUUCCUCCACAACUCCCUCCACCUCGGCAUCCUCUUCAUCAGCUGCCUCCCACCCAGAGUUGAGUAAACCUAAAGAAGAGAGAUUGAAGCCCAAUGGACAUUUUCCGGAUGAUGAGGGAGACAAGUCUCUUCCUCCUAAACUGGAGCAUUCCGACUCUAUCCCCCCCCUCAUCCACUCAGACACAGACCCCGAGCCCCCCACCCUCAAACCAAUCGACGCCGCCCCAGACUGUGAAGACAAGCAUCCCAGCAAGCGCGUCAAGUUCGAUGGGGAAAUACCGUACCUGCUCCCCUCCGGCCCCCGCCUCAACGGCCACUCCCACGACAGCCUCCAGAACUCGCUGCUGGACAGAGAUGUGAGCGUGGUGGCCACAUCCACCCUCGCAGAGCCCACGGGCACGGUUAACCGCCGGACGGCCGUGCUCUUCCGCAAGUCCAAGGCCGCCAGUCCCCACAAGCCCCCAAGGAGGAGCGGCGACGAGGAGGCUGACAGACUCGACCGAAAAGAGGGCGAGGAGGAGGCGGGCGAGGAGGAGGCGGACGAAGACGGCGCACAGCUGGGCUCCAAGUCCUUCCUGUCGGUGGUCAUACCCCGGCUGGAGACGCUACUUCACGGCAAGAAGAGGAAGCACAGCGGCAGCAGAGACGGCGAGGAGGAUGGGGGAGGGGGAGAGCUCGAAGACGAGGGCGAGUCCCCUGUGAAACGACUUGACACCGGCUUGUCGAGCGGUUUUCUAGAGGUGGAAGAGGAGAAGGAGCUAGAAGACUCUAGUAGAGCCAGUAGACCUGUGGAGCCACGGAGACGCUGUGCCUCGGAGUCCUCCAUCUCUUCGUGUUGUAGUCUGCCAGGAAGCACCAGCACUAUUCUCAGUCUUCCAAAAUGUGGGAAAGGGAAACCCGCCUUGGUCCGGAGAAACACUGUGGACGAUAAGAGCGAAUUAAUCGCCUGCAUCGAAACCGGGAAUUUUGCAAAAGCUGCACGAAUCGCUGCUGAGGUUGGCAACAGCAAUAUUUGGAUGCCCGCUAGUGCUGCAACUGUUGCAUUGGAACCCCUAAAGCUAGUUUGGGCCAAAUGUAGUGGAUACCCUUCCUACCCUGCCCUGAUCAUCGACCCCCACAUGCCGCGCGUGGGCUGCCAGCACAACGGGGUGUCCAUCCCCAUGCCCCCCCUGGACGUGCUCCGCAUUGGAGAACAGAUGCAGUACAAAGCCGAAGAGAAACUCUACCUCGUCCUCUUCUUCGACAACAAGCGCAGCUGGCAGUGGCUUCCUAGAUCCAAGAUGGUUCCUCUGGGAAUGGACAAGACCAUAGACAAGAUCAAAAUGAUGGAGGGACGCACAUCCAGCAUUCGCAAGGCUGUCCAGAUCGCCUUCAGCCGUGCCAUGAACCACCUGAGCAUAGUGCAGGACGAGCCAGUCAGCGACCUCAGCGACGUGGACUGAUGACACUCGCGGACUUCUCUCUAUACACACACACACACACACACACACACACACACACACACACACACACACACACACACACGUGUACGUUUCCUGUACCAAAUACCUUCCUCUACUCCCUCCCCCCCCGACUCUCUGCCUCUGCAGGAGACUCAAAUGUUUACUGGGCACCUGCUGUAACAGGUGGUGUCUCUUCCUCAUCCAUUCCUACUCGCACACACUCCUACCAUGUGCCGCUGGGAUAUGGCCGCUGCUGCUGCUGCUGAAAUGAAUGUGUCUAUCUAUUCCUCUCCACCUCCAGGCUUGUAACUGUGCUCAGAGACUGCUCUUUAUGUCCACCUCCCAUCCCUCCCUCACUCACUCACUCACUCACUCACUCACUCACUCCACCAAUCAUGACUGUCAUUUUCAUUCAUCAUUUCAAGGAAAAAAAAAAAAAAAAGAAACAGUUAGUGAUUGAUUUCCUACAUUUUGGUAGCCUUACCAAACGUUUCUGCGCUGUCAGGACUUUGUAGUGAGACAAGAACUUAACACCGACCGUUACAUUUUGGCUGUGGCUGAUGGCUCCGUUGUUUUGGCAGGUAGCCAGUCAUCAUUUCUGUUAUUAAGAAAAGAAGCGUUUAGUAGCUGGUAAAGCAGCUAAAGUGGACAGAAAACGUACAUUUCAUGCCUACGUGAGGGCUCUUCAGUUGUAGCCAAAGCUUGCGUUAUGUCACAUUUACUUACUGGUCCUCUCCAUUUACAAAUAUCUUCCUUUGUUUUUAAACUGUAAAUAUUCUGUACAGUUGCCUGACACUAACUUAUUUUGUAAUUUUGACAUCAAUGGGUACUGUACAGGGGUUUUCUUAAUAUUUAUACUUGAUGCAUUCUUAGCACUAACAUGUGAGUGCUAUUUUGACAGUGCUGAGUGAUCAAGAAGAAUGGAGAAAAAAAAAGUGAAAAAGCCUUAGUUUAAGGAGAUUAGGGCUAAAAUGUCAUGUUUCAGAAAAGUAUGAAAGUAUUCCCUUUUUCAUUUUUUUUUUUUAAGUUAUUGAGGUUAAUAAUUGUAAGCUUCCAUUUGGCAUUUAUUAAUUUUUGUAUUAAAAAUAGUUUUAGUAUAUAUUUUUUUCCAGAUAUAUUUAUACGAUUUGAAUACACGGUAAUACGGUAUGUAAGUCUCUGAAGCUCAUACAGGCAGUCUGAUGUCGUGGACGCAGAACGUUAUAUUGUUCUCAAGAAACCAAAAAUGUUGCUACCCAGAAGUUUUUUGCCGAUCUCAUUUUCUGUGUGACGUGUGAACUUGUUUGCCAAAAAAAAGUGGAGGAAAAAAAAAGUAAAAGUGUAUUUUUAUGUGAUACAUUUGACUGUUACUUGGUUUUGCUGUAGUCGUAGGGAGACGUGCCUGCGGUAACUUAUUGUAAAGCUUUUGCAUUACUUUAUAUCCAAGGAAAGACGUGCAAACUGAUUGUGGUAAAGUGGCACAUUUUGUGGUGGAUACUUGCCUUCUUUUUAAGUAACCUUUUUCUAACUUUUUUUUUUUUUUUCUAGUUGUAGACUUCAAGACAUUUCAUUUUAUACUCUUGCCUUUUUUUCUGGGUAGCAUUGGGUAGUUUUGGUAUAUUUCAUUUUGUACUUAACUGUAGUAGUUUUUUUAAUCAGGUCAUAUGAUAUAUUGCUGGGACAGUUUUUUUCUAGCAAAAAAAUAAAAGAUACAAAUAUGAACAUGUUUUGUUUUUAUGUGGUGUCUUCUGGUGGCAUUGGGUAUUCAAUGUUACACCAACUCACUGCUUAAGUAACAGACCAACAAAUGUAAUUUAAUAAAGCCAAAAUUCUAAUUCAAUUUGUGAUUACAUUUACAUAUUUUUAGCCUUAUCUGGGGCACAAGAGGGACUCAAAUUCUCCUCAAAGUCACUUUUAAAGGACUGAACCUCCUUCAUGGUUGUCGGAGGGCAGACACUAAUUCAACCUACUACCUGCCAUAUGGCACCGUACCCUUCUCAUUUACUCAGCUGAUGACUGUCCACCUAAAUAGCUAAUUGUGUGCUAUAGGUUGCCAGCUACAUAAUAUUGGCUGCUGUAUUGCAGCGAUUUUAUAUGAAUUUUUGGAAGUCAAUGAGAGAGGGAUGAUUAAAUUCAUCUUGGGAAGUAAACUGCUCUGACAUACAUGCAGCCACUAAGACAGUUUUAGAGCAAUUUAAGUCAGAAAUGACUUAGCUGUGGGCCGUUAUGAGACUCCAUCAGUAACAUGAUCGACUGGAGUGUGGAGCAGUGUUUUUUUUUUCUAGAUUAGAAAAUAUUUUCUAAACCGGUCAAAGUCCCACAUUUUUUUACUCUACAAGCACACAUGCAUACCUUAUUGGACAAGUUUUUGAAAUCUAAACCUUAAUAGGUUGAGCACUGCAGGCCGACCCCCCUCUUCGUCUUCCUUUUCUUAAACUUAGAUUCUCCAUUCAUUCAAACACUGUGUAUACUUAUUGUAUAUCAUCAUGCUCCUGCUGCCUUUUAAUAUUUUAAACCUGUAACAAGCCAAUUAGUUUUUAGUGCAAUUAAACAAGCACAAGUUUAAAUCAACUUUAAACUUAGAAAGAUGAUCCUGACAACAGCGAUCUGGUAAAGGAAGUUUGUUGAUUUUGCACAACUUCCUUCUUGCUCAAGACUCUUAAGAAAUCAAUCUAAUUUGAUUAUUUUGGUGGGAACUGCUCAUAUUUACAUAACUUAUUAUACCUCUUCUGGAUACCGUUUUGUUUUUAUUCUUUCUAUUUCCAUCUUAAGUGUUGGCUCACUUGGCACAGCAUGCACCUUGUUAAUCAGUCAUAAAUUUGAAUCCCCGCAGUGCCAGAGGACAUGUUAGUUUGAGAUAUUCUCUCGUUUUUAAUCACACCUGCUUUUUCUCCUGUAAAUGCAGCUUUUCUAAUGUUAAUACGUGCUCUUUAAGCAACAGUGGCAGCUGCAGCUUGCCAACUCUCACCCAUAUUUUCUAAAGGAAAUGCCUUCUCUGGUUAUUUUUAAUGCUUUUUCUACAUACACUAUUCUGAAUUUCCAAAUGAUGCUCCUGCUGAGAAAUGUAGGGUUCUUAGUAAAUGUGUCAGGAGCUGUAUUAAUGAAAUCAUUACAGUUCCCCUCUCGAUUGUUAGUGCUUUACAAGAGAUGUUUCAGUACUGACUGUAAAAACCUGUAGCUGAAGAGCUACAGGUCCUGUGGUCAUUUAUUGGAGUAAAACUACCAAUGCAACAAU